GUUCACUCAAACAGCGCCACCGGACUUUUCGUACUGUAAGAGCGAGCGCGGAAAAGGGGCGGUGAAAAAUCUGAAAGGAAGUGAAGAUUUCGAGAUCGCUGAUUAGGGUUAAAGGAAAAAAGGGGGGCUCGUGAUAAAGGAUGACUAACACGUAAUAAUUGGCAGAUUGUUUUUGUUUAUGGCCAACUCGCUCUGCAAAGCCAAAAGAAUGAAAGGUGGAAAGGCAGAGCGGGUUUGAAGUUGCUUUUCUUUACAGGACAAAACAAAAAAAAAAAAUUGCUUAAUUUUCUCUGGGACGCUAGAUUGUUACGAUUUUUCGUUUUCUGCAGCUGCACCUCCGUCUGCAAUAGGAAGAUCAUGGGAGGAGGACUCCUGGAGCGCAGGCUGAAAUGAUUACGGCGCCUGGAGGAAAAUGCGACUGCUCCUUCGGCAGACGAAACCCCGGCGAGCCGGGAUCUGGGUUGUCUUCGCUGUGCUAGCAAUUUCGGUGGCAUUGCUGAGCCUCUUCGUGGCCGCCUGUUCACUGGGACAGACUCGCACUCUGUCCCAGUCGUUCCAGACUCUGCAGGACCGCCUGUCCGAGCUGGACUCCAAGCGAGAAGCCAUCAUUCAUCUGUUGCUGGAUGAGAAGGGGUUGCUGGCCAGCAGGAGGCAUCGUAGAGAAGCUCCCAGAGGAUCGAGGAAACAGCAAAAAAAUGGGCCCAGUGCAGCGCACUUUGAAUUACCUGAAAAAGAAGACUCACAAAGUGUGAACAAUGAUGAGAUUAUCAAAGGCUGGCAGGAGGUAAAACUGAAUGUCACCAACCCCAUUAACUUUGACAAGAGCCAAGGGAAGUUCACUGUGACCCGGAGAGGGCUGUACUAUCUCUACUGCCAGGUGCACUUUAGAGACCGCAGCUCUGCCUACCUGAAGCUCUUUGUCAAGCUCAAUGACAGGGUGGUGUUUAAUUGCUUGCAGAGUCACACCACAACUCCAUCAUCAGGUCAUAGUAUCUUGCAAGAUUUCAACAGCUGCCAUGUGUCUGGCCUGAUCGAGCUCCCUGAAUCAGCUGUGCUCACUGUCCAUUCCAUCAGGGGUGUGAGGAUCCAUUACAGCCAGAAACUUAAUUACUUUGGCCUUUUCAAGGUGAAAUGAACUGACCAUUGGUGACUGCUGCAGAGUUCCAUAUAAUGAAAGGAAAAUCAGCUAUUUUGUGACCAAAGUACAAUUAAGUAAGAAGAAACCUACUGCUUUAUCGCUGCCAUGUUGGGCUUCCUCCAAUGCACAAAUGAUGAAGAAAUCCUCAAACGUAUUAUUCAAACAUGGUGUUAUUAAACUGAUAUGACUAGUGUUGUGAAAACUUAACCACCAUUACAAUAUGGAGAAGCAUGCUGGGCAAUGGUUCCUAAAAAGGAAAAGGUGUUUUCAAUUCCAGCUUUGCAAGAUUUCCUUCUGAAUAUCCAGAUUUCUCAUUUUUUUUCCCCCGGGUUUUCCUCAUUAAUAUUGUCCUGGAUUAUUUUUUGGAUAUUUUUUUCUGAAACUUUAGGAAAACAUCCUUAUGCUUUCUGAGGUCUUAGUGUUCAUACUUAGAAGACUUUUUCCAGAUUUUCUGCUUGACAAAUAUACCUGGAAUAUAGGUCUAGGACUCCGCUGGGGGUUUUCCCGCAUGUGCCCCCUUAGGCAAAUCUUUUCUUGCUAACAAUGUUAAGACUGUCACCUGGGAAUGACCUUGGAGAAUUGUUUCUGGCUUGUUCUAAUGGGUAACUUUUCAACAUAAUUAAUGCUAAAUGACUUUACGUUGUAAUCCUCCUUGGAGAACAUACAUCUGCGGUUCCCUUUCCUGUGCCUAGUAUUCCAGACAGUAUUUUCAAAUGGCUUUCAUAGAGUAAUGCUUUCUUUUUUUUUUUGACCACAGCUUCACAACGAACAUUUCCCCGAGUUAUAUUUUAAAAAGUUCAGCUUUGCACAUUGGAGAACCUCUGCUUUUCAUCUGCCAUCGCGAUGUUCUCUUCGCUGUGUGUGUUUCUUUGCAGUUGUACACAACAGGCUUAGCCCAGGAGGAUGGAGGAUGACUUGGAAAUGUUUUUGAAGGUGCACCUUUUGGACAGAAUUGUGGAUAGAACUUUGUCUUGGAAAAUUUUAAGAAACCGAGUCCUUCAAUGACCAAAGAACCUUGUAUAACUUUCAAUGUAAAUGACAUUUAAAACUGUUUUAUGUAAUGGUUAAAAAAGCCAUUUCAAAUGGGCUUUGCCAAUUUGACUCUAGAGGGAUGUUGGUAAAUAUGUUACUGAAUCGCAAUCGCAAACUACUGGACCAGAGCAAUCACCCUGAUGUUGUCCAAAGGAUCAUUUUUUUAUGCCUGCUACUAAAAGAAUCAUUGAUUUGUUCAUGUGCAGACUGUUUGACCAUUUUAUCCACAGUUGAUUCACAGGAGAGCACUAUUUUCUUUACGAUACUGUUUAAGGAGAUUGCUUUCCAUUUUGAGAAAAUCUCUUCCCUUUGAUAAACUCUUUAAAUUGC